CUCGGUUGUGUUGGCGCUGUCUGUGUUUACCUCCCAGCCCAGCGCUGCUUUACUGUGGCCAGCUGGUAGUAAACCGCCAUCCACAGCCUCAACUAGCCCGAAAAAUACUAAUGUAAGCUGCCUCGCCUUCAAUCCUUCGCGGAUUUCCUGCAGCGCUGUGUGUUAGUGACACUGUAGCAAAGUUGUGAUGAAUAAGGAAAUCAUGUCACGCGUGGUGAAGAAGAGGCAGGCGGACCCCAAGGUGGUUCAGUAUGUGUGGGCGGCCAUUGAGGUUAUCCGCAACCAGAAACAAAUUGCAAACAUGGACAGGAUCUCCAAGUACCUGAGCCGUGUGUUUGGCAUGCACCCUAAGGAGACUGCCAGACAGCUGAGCUUGGCCGUUAAGGACGGCCUGGUGGUGGAGACCCUGACUGUCGGCUGCAAAGGCUCCAAGGCCGGCAUCGAGCAGGAGGGAUACUGGCUGCCCGGGGAUGAGAUGGAGCCGAAAGCCGAGGGAAGCAAGGAGUGGGAGGCAGAGAGCCACGACUGGUACUGCUUCGAGUGUCACCUACCGGGCGACAUCCUCACGUGUGACAACUGCUUCCGGGUUUACCAUCUCAAGUGUCUGUCGGAGGAGUUCAAACCCAGAGAUGGAGGAUCCCACUGGCAGUGUGUCGCCUGCAGGGGCAGUAAAAAGAAGAACCUGAACAAACAGGAGAUGAGUAAAUACCUGCGCUUCAUCGUCCAGCGUAUGAAGGAGAGGGCAGUGGACCUGAACAAGAAAGGCAAAGACACUAAACAUCCCAUGUACAAACGUCUGAUCCACACUGCACUGGACGUCUCAAACAUACAGGAGAACCUGUCUGAAGGAAAAUAUAAAAGCUUCGAGGAGUUCAAAGCAGACGCUCAGCUGAUUGUUCACAACACCGCCAUCUUGUAUGGAGUUCACAGCGACCAGGCAGAGAUCGCACGCCUGCUGUUCAGUGACACAUGCCAUGAGUUAAAUGAGUUGUUGCUGUGUAAGAACUGUUUCUACUUGUCGAACGCCCGUCCAGACAACUGGUUCUGUUAUCCCUGUAGCCCUAGCCAUGACUUGGUGUGGGCCAAGAUGAAAGGAUUUGGUUACUGGCCAGCCAAAGUGCUUCAGAGAGAGGACAACCAGGUGGACGUACGCUUCUUUGGCCACCAGCACCAGAGAGCGUGGAUCCCUGCAGACAACAUCCAGGACAUCAAGGUGAGCGUCCAGCAGCUGCAGGUGAAGCGCAGUAACGGUUGGAAGAAGGCGUGCGAGGAACUGGAGCUUUAUCAGCGCUUUCUGAGGGAAGGUCGCUUCUGGAAAACAAAGAUGGAGGAAAGCAGCAUGCCUGCUUCUCUUCAGCUUCUCCAGCAAAACCAGAGCCAACGGCAGCAACAGCAGCAACAGGAGGGCAGCGGGAGGACGGACAGGCUGGAGCGGACAGACGAAGCCGAGUCCAGCAUCUCCUCCACCAGCAAUGAGCAGGUCCGACAUGUAAGUGGGCUCAAAGGCAGCCAGGAGCCCAAAGCUAAGAAAAGCCGUCGUUCUCAAAUGGUCGAGCCCAAAGAAGAAGCCAGUGACCCGGAGCCAGAGAUGGAGGCGGUCAGCUCCAGCCAGGAGAUCCCAGUGUCCUCGGCGCCCCAGCAGCCCGAGAAGCUGUCGGUGUCCACGCAGACCAAAAAGGCCAACGGAGGGUCGCCACGCACACUGCACCGCGGCACCCAGACCAACAGUGACGGCGCCUGCCAGAACAUGUGCCACGAGAAGUACACCAAGGUCUUCAAUGACGUCAAAGAGAUGAUGAAGGCCGACAACAAGAGGGAGACGGAGCGGGUCGUCAGAGAGGCUUUGGAGAAGCUCCGUGCGGAGAUGGAGGAGGAAAAGCGUCAGGCGGUGACUAAAGCGGUGGCUGGAGCUCAGGCGGAGAUGGAGAGGAAGUGUAAGCAGGUGAAAGAGAAGUGUAAAGAGGAGCUGGUGGAGGAGGUGAAGAAGCUGGUGGCCCAAAACAAACAGCUCAUCUCCCAGACCAAGAAGAAGCAGUGGUGUUAUAACUGUGAGGAGGAGGCCAUGUACCACUGCUGCUGGAACACCUCGUACUGCUCCAUCAAGUGUCAGCAGGAGCACUGGCACGCCGACCACAAACGAACCUGCCGCAGGAAGAGAUGAACAAGCCCUGCCCCUUCUGACCUUUCACAGCACGCCGUUGGCUCUCACCCUCUCCUCCUCCUGUCAGUCAGUGUCUACAACACACACACACACACACACACACACACACACACACACGCCUCCCGCCUCCUUCUCUACUUGCCUUUCUGAAAACUUUGUGGACCCGAUGUUUUCUGCGUGAAAAGAGCAAUUUGAUCUCUUUUAAAUUUUAUUUUUUGUUUCUAUUAUUUAAUAUACCCAUUGUAUUGAUUUUUCUUUCUAUAUUUUUUUUAUAUUUUUCCUCUGAAUCGUGAACAGAUUGCUUGAGAGCAUGGCUCGAAUGCAGAGUUAUGGUAUGAUUUUUUUAUUUUUUAUUUUUUUCCUUUGUGUGUUUCUUUCGAUUUUUGUUUUUUUCUUUACUGAAGUGCUAAUUUUGAGCUUGUGUCAGAGAAUGUGUUAUUUAAGUGUUUAGUAACAGAUGAGCAUUAACUGAAUACAUUUUAUUACCUGAAUUUUUAAAAAGCAAAUCACUUUUCUUACUGUAAAUGCAACAAAUACACACGCCGAUCUUACAAAAGAAAUCAAACAUUCACCGUAUGUACCAUCGCGGCAUUGAACUAGCUCUGAUUUCAUAGAGAAAAUGUUUUAAAAAAACAACAAAAAACUGCAUAACAUCUUAAAUAGUGGACGACAUGGCUCACAGACGUUAAUAUAUAUUUUAUUUUAUGGAACUCUUGCGGUGGAUGGCACUUUUAUCAUUUCUACCAUUGGGAACAGGGUCAUGAGGUUGGCCUUAAAAGGCACCAACAAAAUAAAUCUUCCAUUUAUUAUUAUUAUUAUAAUCGUGCACAUUUUUGGGGUCUUUUUUUCUUAAAUAGACUGUAAUUUUUAUGAGUAAAAAAGAAAUAUCAAGUUUUUAAUUUGUUCCGAAUUGGAGAAAUGUAUAGCAAUCUUUACUGAGCUGGAUCUUAGAGAGGUUCCAUCAUUUGACAGUUUUUCCACUUUUUUGCACACUUCGUUUUCUUAACAACCCAAAUGCUUGUAAUAUUGCCAAAAACAUUUUGUUGAACCUACCUGAGAAGAUUUUGUGAGACCUCCCUCCCCUGCGCCCUCCUAAAACCUAAACAAUUAUGUAUAUUUUUCCAAGCUUCGUUAGUGUCAUUUUUACAGUGAUGUGACACUCGAAAGUCAUUCUCUUCUUUUCGAUAUUUUUUUUUAAGCUGAAGUGAGUCAAGUAGCUAUGAGACUUUUUCACUGCUCAUGUUGUAGUUGGUGGUCAGUGCCUGUUUCUCUUCUUUUCUCAUCCUCUUACUCCGAGUAAGGCUACAUGCAUGUUGAUAGUUUGCCUUUUUUAAAAUAAUUAUGGUAAAAUAAAAAUAAAUAGAAGAGAAGACAAGACGCUCACUGGUGUCUAAUAAGCAGUGACGACGGAUGGACCAAUAUAAAACAUUAUGCAAAUGUGAAUGAUCAAAUUAAUCUGUUCUAUACUUUUUUCUGCGCUGGAUGUCGAGUGUCAAUGGUGUAUAAAUAUGGUGCUUGGAAUCUUUUUUUUCUUCUUCAAGGGGCAAUAAAAUUGCCAGCUUUUGCUUUUCUUUGAGGAGUGUGACACUUUUAAAGUUUGUUGACUGUUUCCUCAGUUAUGAAGAUUGACUGAACGGAGGAAAAGAAUUCAGUUACUCUGUACAGACACAUCACUUUCUACACACAGAUUGCUGUUUAACAGUUUGUGCUUCUGUUAACAUGUGACAAAUAAAAUACCGUAAAUUCUCA